UAAUAAUUAUUUUUGUCCGCACUGAAUGAAUGUACUUGUACAGUUGAUUUUAGUUUUGUUGUAAAGUACACACUUGAUUUAUUUUGUUGGUUCGCGCUGUCAAGUGCCAGUGAAUGCCGCAUUUUCAAGAUCAUGUUGUGAAAUGUAAUUUGUUUGUAAGCUAGCCUAUUCUUACUUCAGUUUGUUGUAAUAUAUUACCUGCCUCCGAACUGUAAUACUGGUGCAUAGCUAACAGAAAGCUACCAAAAUCUGUCUAUACAAGUAGGUUCCUGUAACAUAGCCUAUUUUGGAUUGAAAGAGGUCUCUAGACUCUAGCCAUUAAAGUUUACUAAUACAAUAUUAUUUUUCACCAGUAAACUGUUUACGUAGGGGAUAAAGUUUAUAAUAAACAUUCAAUAUAUUUUAAUUAUUCAAAUAACACGGUUUGACUGUUGACUAUGAUGGAGCCAACAGAAGAGGUUAAUAUUAAUGUCAGGCCUAUGCUUGAAGAAACGUUUUACAUUUUGUCAAAAAAGAACACUGUUUAUAGAGUGAAAUUAACUGAGAAAGGUUUGUGCCUACAAAAAGAACAUAAUGGCAACAUAAAAAAUGAAACAAUAUCAUUAAGUGACAUCAUUGGUUGUAGAUGUAUGAGAAGGAAAAGACGUUCCGAAAAUUCUUGUGCUUGUCAUCCCAGUUCAAUUAGAAAACAUGAUCCAAGGGUGGUAGAAGAAAAUUCAGCAGACAAAGAUGAGUCAGAUAUAAGUGCAUAUUUGUACAUUUACUCGUACAUUUUAAAAAACUGUAAAGUUAAGUCUGGACAGAAACGCGAUAGAAUGACUAUUACCUUAAGAUUUAGAUCAUUUGAUAAAUAUGAAGAUAAUAUGAGAGAAGCACAGAAGUGGAAAUCUUCUAUCAAGCACCUAAUUCACAGCAGAAUGAAUCCUCAAUUGUCACCAGGGAAAAUAGUCCUGACAGAGCCACUCAUAGAGAACAAAGUGCUGGUACUUCUAAACCCUAAGUCAGGCCAGGGGAAAGGUCGAGACGUGUUCCAGAGCAGAGUGGUUCCCUUACUGACGGAGGCUGAUGUCAACUACGACCUCCACGUUACAAGAUACGCAGACGACGCUCGGACACUCGUACGAUCCUUGGACAUUUACCAGUACGGAGGUGGACUUAUUGCUAUGGGAGGUGAUGGUAUCCUGUUUGAAAUCAUCAACGGAAUGAUGGAGAGGCUCGAUUGGGAAACUGCGUUUCAGAAACUCAAGUUGGGAAUAAUACCUUGCGGAUCUGGCAACGGACUAGCCAAGACCAUCAGCCAUCAAUUCAAUGAGCCGUACGACCACAGCCCAGUGUUGGUGUCGGCUCUCAAUGUUGUGAGAGGGUUCACGACUCCGAUGGACCUGGUUAGGGUACAAACCCCUUCACAGACCAUGUUUUCGUUCCUGUCCGUGGGCUGGGGGCUUCUGUCAGACAUUGACAUAGAGAGUGAGAGACUGAGAGCAUUGGGAGGACAGAGGUUUGCGGUGUGGAGCAUCGCGAGGCUGAUAGGACUGAGAACUUACACCGCCAGGUUGUCAUAUCUGAGGAUUCCUGACCAUGAGUUGUCGCUGGUGAACUGUGCGACGCCUGUUACGCCAGGCAUCACCGUAGCUAGUCAAGACAACCUCAGUCUGCCUCACAGUGCAAGCCUCGGAGACAGCAUCAACCUGGAGACCGAGGCCAGCGAGGAAAUGACCGGUUCCGAUUGCCGAAAGUUUUUCAAGAUUUGCCACCCUCAAAAGCAACAUAUUGUGAAUGCGGACUCAGACGGAGUGCGGAGGGACAGUUUCUACUCCGUAGCGUCUCGCCGCAGCACCUACCUGUCAGUGUCUGGCUCCAGCUACCUGAGUCUGGCCGAGGACGGUCCCGAGGAGGUGAUGAUGUACGGCCCAGCCUCUAACAUACCUGCUCUCUCCCAGCCUGUACCACAGGAGUGGACUGUACACCAAGGUGACUUUGUGAUGGUCCACGCCGUAUACAAGUCUCACAUAGCUGCAGAUUGCGUGAUGGCGCCAGAUUCUAAACUGUCUGACAACGUUAUCUGGUUAUCAAUCAUCAAAGCUGGUAUCAGCAGGACACAUCUGCUACAGUAUCUGCUAGGCCUGUCUUCCGGGAGUCAUGUGAACGUAGCCCAAACAGAGAUGGUUCCUGUGAGAGCGUUCCGUCUGGAGCCUCAGAGUCCCGGAAGUUACGUUACCGUUGACGGGGAACGCAUUCCGGAUGGACCAUUCCAGGUGGAGAUGGUGCCUGUGUGCGCCAACGUGUUAGCUCGCUCCCAAUAGUCGAUCUAAGUAGCGGUAUUUGGUUGGUUGUUGAUUUAUUUAAUUGACAAAGAAGUGAUUCUACUAAGACAUGCAAGUGGCACUUAACAGUGUUUAUUGCUGAAGAGAACUUAAUUUGAGGGAGUAGCCUAAAGAUAUUUUUUGAAGAGGGUUAGAGUUCAGCAAGCUACGUGAGAUAAGAGUCCAGGAGCUAAAACACAAUAAAUGGUCACAAAACAUAAGGAUGGUUGAUUAAAGGGAUAAACUGACCAUUUUUUGUACUUCUAGUUAUAAAUUUAAACAUUUUAAAAUAAAUUUUACUCUUAGAUUUUGAACUAUUUGGACUAAUUUUGUUACAUGUUAAGUGACACUUGCUUCAUCAUAUAAAUAUGAUAUUCUGUGCCAAACGUAUUAACAGCAUUUUUCAUACGAUGGACUGACAUUGAAUAAUGUUGUAAUUGAAUCUUGUAUCCAAUUCACAUUCCUGAAAGCAUGUUCCUUACUUGGGCAUUCGAUUGCAAUAAAUGAACAAACUUCAGUAAGUUGUAACAAGAAUGUAUAUAAGUCGGGUGUAGAAGUGUAAGCCUUGUUGUUUGUACAGUUAGUUUGUUCUUUGUAAGUUUAAAGAUAUUAGAUUGCUCAGAGUUACCUGUUUAUCUACUUGAAAUAUUUUAAUAUUUUUAUAUUUGGAAUAAAUUAUAUUAAACAUUUAAGCAUUUACAUACUGUUAUUUAAUAUUCUAUUGUUUAUUUUACCUGUUUGAAAAGAAUCUGUUGUUAAGAGUUAUUAAAACGUCUAAACAUUUGUUUUUAAUUUGAAAAAAUUCUUAUUUGAUAUUUAUUUAGGUAUACCUUUCUUCAUGAAUUAUAGUAGUAGGAUAUUUUCAACAUCGGACCACUUUAGUAUUGUUUUCUUUCUUGGUCAACCAAAUUGUAGCCUUUGCUUUUCUUAGUGAGCUAUGCCAAUUGACUUUAAACAAUGAAGUCGACAUCCCAUCCAUAUGGACCAAGACCCUAGUAUAACUAACCCGCCCCCUACCCCCGUACCCUACCAUACCCCCUAGUAUAACCCCCUUGCAUAACUUAGUGGAAUUACCGCCCCAUAGUUCUACUAUUGGCGGUAUAACAUUAGUCAAGGUUGGUUAAUUUUUCCUUUAUACUACAAUAAAACAGUAGAAACAGAUAUGUAUAGGAUUCAAUCAAAAUUCAGUAGAACUGGACUCCAACCAUCCGAAGGUUUAUAGAAAGAAUUUCAAAAGCCAUUUAACUACAGUGAUAAGAAUCGUUAAAAGAAGGCAGAAGUCAUGAUUGUGGCAAAAUCCUGAAUAUCUCGCAGGUAGGUAGACAUCAUCACUUAAGCAAUGUGUAUGUUUACACUUUUGUUAUUUCUGUUAUUACCAUGGCUAUAGGCAUGACGUUGUGCCUUGUAUUAGAGGAGGCUAUGCCAUCUCCCAUGGUUUAUUAGACAUCAUCAUCUUACGCGAUUGCGGCAUUUUCUUAAACGUCUUUAUGGUCUUGUCGACAUCGUCAUCGUCUAAAGUCAUGGAAACGUCUUCAUCGUCCUCCACGAUCACAGUGAAAGUGUGAAUUUGUCUAUUGCAAAAUUGCCGAUAAAAGUUCAAAACGCCAAAUUUUGAUAAAAAUCUAAUUAUCUGAAUAAUUUACAAUCUGAAAGUGGACAGUCCUAAUUGAUUUGGAUGGUUGGAGUUUUACUGUAAUAAAAAAGGACUGGCGGUUGACAAUUUUUUGGUUUUCUUAUAAUUUCAGAUUACAAUUUUCAUUUGGGAAGUAACAUAACUUUUAUGAAAUUUGAAAACACCUAACUCAAUCUUGGUAUCAGCACUAUGAGCUUAAAAUCUCACAUUGUGAUUUAUAUUUUUAAUUAUAUGUCUUACUAUUUAGUUUGUAGCUGGGUAAUCUAUACUAACUUGAUAAAGCAAUAUCAUCUCUUUUAACCAUUUUACUUCAUUUUACAAGCACAAAUUUAUAGCUGUCUUUUUGCCAAGUAUUAUUCUUACCGACCAAUCUACUUUCAAUCAUUCACAACCUUAACAAUCCUAAGCACCAAUGUCUUACCCCUACCCAUGGGUUACUAUGGGUAUCUAUCUACAAUUAUAGCUAUUUUUCACUUUCUUAAUUAUAUUUUGUAAAUUUAGGUAGUAAAAACAUUUUUCAGUAGCAAGUUGAAUAACAAUUAAAACUUUAAGACUUAGCUAUGAAGUAGUGAUGUUGAUUAGUGAUUUAUAAAACUUUAGCGAUAGAAUGGUAAAUAACUAAUUUUUUAAUUGCACAAUAUUCUUAUGAAGACUGCAAAUGCAGUUUUACCGUAGGUCUAAUUUAGUCACGCUGGUCUAUUUAUACUCGCAUAUUUUUUUGUUAAAAUUCAAUAUAGUUUGCUCAUUGGAUUCAAACGCUCACUUAAAAAUUUAUCUGUAAUUUUUCUAUCUCCAUUUUGUUUGUCUUACAGUUGUUAGCAUUGCUCAGUUUUAGAGCUAUGCUAUGUGCUAAUCAUGUAAUAGAUCUAACUUUAACUUUUUAUAUGUGCCAAAACAAUUACUACAAACUUUCCACAUUAAAAGCAUGUUUUUUUUUUUUAAUUUCUUAAACAAGUGUUUGGAAAACAACAAUUCCCUUAUAUGUUGAUAGGUUUGAUUUUGUAUUUUAUAGGAUCAGGCUUACCAUAAUAUUGGCUGAGUCGUCUCAUUAGUAAACACCAAAUUUUAAUAUUUCACUGUCACUGACCAUUUAGUCUAUCACAAAAAUAGGAAAUAGAUCUCAUAACUGUUUCUUAAACAUUUCAAGCUAAAUAGACUAAGAUACAUACUAUCUAUCAGAAACAUCAACAUACUUUUUCUUGAGUGCCAGGUUGUAUUAGUUUGUACGAGUUCCGUUCGUAAAAGCAUUUGCUCACAAAUAGCUAAAUAAGAAACAAAGCCUUAAUAUAAAUGUUGUGAAUCUGUCCUUAUGUUACAUAUCAGUUAUGGUUUCUAUAGUGAAUCAAAGGUGCUUAAAAUCUAAUGGGAUAACCUGUUUAAAAAUGUUUGUGGUAAUUUAAUUUUUUUAUCAGCGUUGAUAUACAUAUUUAAGAAUAUUCAUUUACUUGGUAAAACCAUUGAUGGAUACUGAAGGUAAAACUCAAAGGCUGUAACUUACUGCAUAACUUAUUUUCUACUUUAAUAUCUCAUAAAAUAAGUUUUUUUCAUUAACCUUUAUAUAAUAUAGUUUGGUUUGAAAUUAUUCCUAUGUUAGUCAAGGUCUGUUUCCGAAAACAUAAGAAAAAUGUCUAAUGUUUAAAAAAUGGAUCUUAAUCGUUAGGUUUGACAUUACAAGUAUAAGCAUAUGUUUUUAUUGCACAAUGUUCAAGCACUUUACUUUCUAACUAAGUUUAAAAGGACUGUUCUAAAAGUAACCUCUGAUCAAUUUAAGGAACAACUAUGUAAAAAUAAUAAAACAAUGGUCACACUACUUCUGGCAGUCACAAAACGGAGGUUACUUUCUGAACUGCCCUUUUUUCUUUAGAUUGUGCUUCUAAAGAAAACUUUUGUGUUAGGUAUAUUAAAAAAAUAUAUUAUAUUCUGUCAAUUAUUUUUCAAAAUAAGAAACCAAAAGCAAUUUUUACAUUCUUGAAUGUUUACGGGUUAACAGAUUCUAAUUCUUUUAUUACUUAGUAAUAUAAUUGAUUGGUAAAUUAAAAUUGUAAGCAGUUUUUAUUACUUUUUUCACACGCAGAAUAAGUUUUUUUAAGCAGCAUGACUCUUGUAUAGUUAGAAGAAGCUUAAAAGCUGAGUAGUAUAGAGACAUCCUGAUGUUUAAAGACUGUA